UUGAACCUGGCGAAAUGACCAUCGUAUCCAGGAUGCGAUAGCUCUGUCAACCUGUGAAGAAGGGAACUAUCCCGUCAAUUCCUCAGUCGUGAUUUCUGGCUCGAGGAAGCGACAAAAAUCUCGUUUCAAUGGAAGAAGAGGCCCUUCGAUAAAUAUGCGCCUCCAAGCCAUCCGCAACUGAGGAAAUCGUGAUAAAAUUGUCGCAGCGCGACAUAUUAUUCACCUUUUACGCCGCGGAUUUUGUCGGUGUCCAUGGACCCAUCACGUUGAUGCGCACAAGGUUCUAAAAACUUAGUGCUUGCCUAUUUGAAUCAAAGUUAUAUUUGUCUUCUAUUAUCUUCAAUCUAUUAUUUAUUGGCAGAAUGUUUUGAAAUUGUCCUGUUGGGGGGAUACAAGUUGGAUUGUGUUUGCUGGUUGGACUUAUUGGCUAAUCAAUAGAAAUACCUGAGCUCUUUUAGAUUCACUAAAGAUUAAUUAAACAACUUAUUAUUAAAUCAUUAAGGUCAAUGGCCUUUACCAUAGUCAAAACGUCUAGCAGAUGAAAGGCUAGUACAGUUCCUAUCUGGUCCUUUUCCUCAUUUCAGAUACGUUCAGACAAUAACUUCCCUUUACCUCCAGCAUUGGCUUCUGUGAUGAAAAUAUCUAAGGUGUAGACUGUAGAUCAGAUCAAGGUUCUUUCCUAACCCCCUCCAAACCUGUCCAGUCCAAAUCUGUGAUCCUACACAGUUGCCACCAUUCGCCCCUCUCUUGCCACAGCAGUUCUCCCGUCCAGGCCCCGCUCCAACCAGGCGUCAGGCAUGGCGCCCCAGGGGCGGGAUCACCUGGCCACACGGGAGUCUGCAGCUCGUAGACGAAGCCCCAAUGUGCGCCACACACUCAGCCCAGAGAACCUUCGGAGUUUGGCUGAGCGUGGUGGUGCUGAUCAGGCUGGAAUAGGACUCCCCAGGGCAAACAGCGAUACAGACCUGGUCAGUUCUCAAGGACGCUCCUCGCUCACAGCAUCAACUUUAGAAUUCACCAUGGGCCGGGGCCAGAACUUGGUCAUCUCAUGGGAUAUCAAGGAAGAGGUGGAUGCUACAGACUGGAUUGGGCUAUACCACAUAGAUGAGACCUGUCCAUCAAAUAUGUGGGACUGCAAGAACCGUGGAGUUAAUGGUACACAAUGUGGUCAGAUCGUCUGGAGGCUGGAGGCAGGACCAUAUUUCCUGGAAGCUGAGACAAGGAUCUGUUUUAAAUACUAUCAUGGAGUAAGCGGUGCGUUGAGAGCCACAACUCCCUGUAUCACAGUCAAGAACCCCAGAGCCUUGGCUGAUGGUCAAGGUGAGGGACAACAAGCUUCAGACAGCAGUCGAAAACUGGUCAGCUUUACCCUGUCAGAUAUCCGUGCUGUAGGGCUGAAGAAGGGGAUGUUUUUUAACCCAGACCCAUAUCUAAAGAUGAGUAUUCAUCCAGGCAAGAGAAGUUGCUUUCCGACUUUUUCCCAUCAUGGACAAGAGCGAAGAUCUGGCAUUACAACUAACACUACUAACCCUGUGUGGCAUGGAGAGAAACAUACUUUUGUGGCUCUGAUGACAGAUGUCUUGGUGAUUGAGGUCAAGGACAAGUUUGCUAAAAGUCGACCAAUUAUUAAGCGCUUCCUGGGUCAGCUGAACAUGCCGGUGCAAAUGCUGCUGGAAAGACACGCGUCAGGGAACCAAUCUCUGAGCUUCUCUCUAUGUCGACGUUUGCCCACUGAUCAUGUGAGUGGUCAAAUGCACUUUAAAGUGGAUGUCACAUCGAUGGACCAAGAUGAUGUUUCCCCCGAGACGAUUCUCGGGGCAGCAGCCCUCAAUGGAGCUCCUGGAACCCCUUCAGAUGAUGAAGAACUGCCUCAUCCUCUCCCUGUCUCAUCAGCAGGCCCUUCCCCCACAGGCUCCCUGGGUUGCCACAGAAAUGAAGUGAGCAGCAUACCCUCUCCAGACACAGAGAUUUAUGGUGCCACUCUGGAUGAUGAGGCCCCUUCUUCCCCUGACCUGCUCCAAGGUUCCUUCAGUGAGCAGCUUGAUGCCAUUGAGGCCCCUAAGGGCCCGGGAGAGAGGCCUCUUGGGGCAGCUUCUCCCAAACUGCGCUCCAGUUUUCCCACUUACACACGCCUUAGUGCUAUGCUGCACAUCGACUCAGAUGAAGAAGAAGAGAGGUCAGCUGCUACGGAGGCCACACUACCAAUGAUUAAUGGUGCCCCAAAAACUCAACAAAAACCCACAAAAUCACUGGUGGAAAUUAAAAAAACUGUGCUUGAAGGAACUGUAGAGGAACCUCCCAGAGAGACUGGGCUGGAGUCUGAAAUAGAGACUGAGGUGGCUCUAGAGCCAGAGGUGAUGCCAAGUUCAGUAGUACCUGAGGUGGAAACCGCCAGCCUGCUGGAGAGGCAAGAGGAGCAGGAAGUGGAGGUAGAGGAGGAGGAGGAGGAAGAGGGGCUGGCACCCAGUGAGGAGCUGGCAACUGAAGUCGAUAUCUCCUCAAUGGCAUCUGACAGCUGCCCAGUCCCUUUAUCUGCCUCUCAGGAGACAGAACAGGGGGCAGAGGCAGCCAUUGACCCAGGGGGAGGAGAUCUUUCAGAUGAUCCACCCACAACUUAUGAGGUUGCAGAGACUGGUGGGGAACCUCCUCCAACCAAUGAGCUAGUGGGGGGCAUGCCACAACCAGAACCAUCAGCCAAUGAGGAGGAGGAAUGUGAAGAUGUGACAGAGGACACAAUGUCCAGGAGGUGGAGCCUGGAAGCGAUGGCUGGUGUUUCACAGGAGGACGAGGAAGAGGAGGAGUUAAUGCCAUCAGGGGAUGGAGAAUCUGUGGAUUCUGAGACCUUUGUUACAGACACAGAAUCAGGUAUCCCUCAGAUAAAUGGAGAUCAGUGUGUUCCCUCUCUGCCAUCAGUAAGACAAGACAUCCACCGAUACCAGCGUGUGGACGAGCCCUUACCUCCCAACUGGGAGGCUCGUAUUGACAGUCAUGGCCGUAUCUUUUUUGUGGAUCAUGUGAACCGUACCACCACAUGGCAGAGACCCACUGGCCCACCCGCCCCACAAGGUCUGACCCGCUCCAGCUCCAUACUGCAGAUGGAACAGCUCAACCGCAGGUAUCAAAGUAUUCGAAGGACGAUGACCAGUGAGAGGUCUGAGGAGCAGAGAGUGGAUGAUCCCCCUCCUGAAGAGACUGACCUGCUGCCUCACUCCAUCUGUGAAUAUCGUAGGGACAGCUUCAUGGGUCACACCAGCUCACGUUCUCGUCUGGCUUUGCUGCUUCAGUCUCCUGGUGCAAAGUUCCUCUCGAGUCCCGAAUUCUUCUCUGUUCUGCAUUCUAAUCCUAGUGCCUAUCGCAUGUUCACAAGUAACACUUGUCUGAAGCACAUGAUCAGUAAAGUGCGGCGGGACGCACAGCAUUUUGAGCGUUACCAGCACAACCGAGACCUUGUCAACUUUCUCAAUCUGUUCUCCAACAAGCAACUGGAGCUGCCACGGGGCUGGGAAAUGAAACAUGACCACACUGGCAAGCCUUUCUUCGUGGAUCAUAACUGUCGUGCCACAACAUUUAUUGACCCACGGUUGCCCUUACAGAACUCUCGGUCCAGUGGCCUGCUAGUCCACCGACAGCACCUUUCCCGCCAGCGCAGUCACAGUGCAGGAGAGGUAGCAGAUGACUCACGCUCCCCGAGUCCAACUGUCCAGGGCCGGUCAAGAAACAGUCAGUACCAGGAUUUGGUGCCUGUGGCCUAUAAUGAAAAGAUUGUCGCCUUUCUACGACAACCCAACAUUUUUGAGAUUCUACAAGAGAGACAGCCAGAGCUCGUGAGAAACCACUCCCUUAGGGAGAAGGUUCAAUUCAUCCGCAAUGAGGGGCCAUCUGGGUUGGCCCGUCUGUCUAGCGAUGCAGACCUGGUUAUGUUACUUAGCCUGUUUGAAGAGGAAGUGAUGUCGUAUGUGCCGCCCAAUGCCUUGCUGCUCUCCAGCUACUGUCAUGCCUCCCCACAGAGCUCCCCUGGUACAUCUCGGGCAAAUGCUCGAGCCCCUGCACCCUACAAGCGUGAUUUUGAGGCCAAACUAAGAAACUUUUACCGAAAACUGGAGACCAAGGGCUACGGACAGGGUCCAGGAAAAGUGAAGUUGAUAAUUAGAAGAGAUCACCUGCUGGAGGAUGCUUUCAACCAGAUAAUGUGCUAUUCCCGCAAAGAUCUCCAGAGAAGCAAGCUUUACAUCAGCUUUGUGGGAGAAGAAGGAUUGGACUAUAGCGGCCCAUCCAGAGAGUUCUUCUUCCUGGUUUCCCGAGAGCUCUUUAAUCCAUAUUAUGGUCUAUUUGAAUACUCUGCUAAUGACACUUACACUGUACAGAUCAGCCCCAUGUCAGCGUUUGUGGACAACCAUCAUGAGUGGUUCCGGUUCAGUGGACGCAUUCUGGGUCUUACUCUAAUUCAUCAGUACCUGUUGGAUGCAUUCUUCACACGACCCUUCUACAAAGGACUUCUUCGCAUCCCAUGUGAUCUGAGUGAUCUGGAAUUUCUGGAUGAGGAGUUCCAUCAGAGUUUGCAGUGGAUGAAGGACAAUGACAUCGAGGAUAUGCUGGAUCUCACCUUUACUGUUAAUGAGGAGGUGUUUGGACAGAUCACAGAGCGUGAGCUGAAGCCGGGUGGAUCUGGCAUUCCAGUGUCUGACAAGAACAAGAAAGAGUACAUUGAACGCAUGGUGAAGUGGAGGAUUGAGAGGGGUGUGGCCCAGCAGACAGAGAGUCUUGUACGGGGAUUCUAUGAGGUGGUGGAUGUCCGACUUGUCUCAGUGUUUGAUGCCCGGGAGCUGGAGCUGGUCAUUGCUGGAACGGCAGAGAUUGACCUGUCAGACUGGAGAAUUAAUACAGAAUACAGAGGAGGUUACCAUGACAACCAUAUAGUGAUUAGGUGGUUCUGGGCUGCAGUGGAGCGAUUUAAUAAUGAACAGAGACUACGACUCCUUCAGUUUGUUACUGGCACUUCCAGCAUUCCCUAUGAGGGCUUCGCCUCUCUGCGGGGCAGUAACGGCCCACGACGAUUCUGCGUGGAGAAAUGGGGCAAAGUCACCUCCCUCCCACGGGCUCACACCUGCUUUAACCGCCUGGAUCUCCCUCCUUACCCCUCCUUCUCCAUGCUCUACGAGAAGAUGCUCACUGCUGUGGAAGAAACCAGCACCUUUGGUCUGGAGUGAGCGCCCAACUCCACAACAUCACAAAAGUGCUAUAAAACUUUUUCCAGUUCACCAUAACUUGGCUCACAUUGCAGCCCUGUUCCUCCAGGACACUUGCAUCAUAUUUAUGUCAGAGUCUGCGGAUCUGGAAUAUAUGCCAUCAAAUGACUUACUGGACUUAAGUGCUAAUUCCUGUUCUAUACUGUAUGGACGUAGUACUGAGUACUGACAGUGACUUCAUUCUAGUCUAGUGACCUCACAAAGAAAAACAUACAAACUUACAUAUUCACUGACAUCAGAGCUGGAGUCUUGAUUGUCUGGUUUGGGUCUUAGAUAUUGAACUGGUUAAGACCAGUACAUUUUGGUCUGGGUUGAAGGAUUCUGUGGUCUCUUCCUUUGGUUUCAGAUAGUGCCACGUUCCUAAAAGUCUACAUGUUUCUUUACAGUAAUCUAGUCACUUUGAUGUAGCCCAUUCUAUGUUUAUAGGGUUUAAAAUGACAACCCUAUGAUGUUAUUUUCUGCUGUUCUUUGUCAUGGUCAGGUGAUCUCAGUCUAGAAGGACUGUUAAAGUUUUUUUUUUUUUUUUUUUUUUUUUGGUUUGAUGGCUGAAAAUGAUUUCUGGUUGGGGUCUUCAUUUUGAGGGAUCCCAUUUCAGGAUUGGUCUAUGCAGCUAGAACAGUGAUUAAAGUAUUUCAAUCUUAAUUUUGUUAAUUUGAAUUUUAGACAUAAAUUGAAGAUUUUUGAGACAUAUUUAUAAUUGUUUGUAUUUUUAAACAGCAGUUUUUUUUUUAAUUUUCUUUUUUUAGAGGUGGAAUUAGCUGUAAAAAUGUAUAUGAUAAAAUUACAGGUUCAAAUUUUCAGAUUAAGAAGAAAUUCAGAAUUCCACAUACAAGUCUCACAAAUUCAGAUCUCAGAAAUUAGGAUUGUAAACACACUAGGCAACAAGUCAAGCUUCUGUGUAUGUUUACAGUUACGUAAAUCCACCUAUAAAAAAAUAUGGAAACACUUUACAGUAAGGAUCUAUUUGAUAACAUCAGUUAAUGCAUUAGGUAUCAUGAACUAAAAAUAAAAAAUACAUUUUUACAGCAUUUAUUAAUCUUUGUUAAUGUUAAUGUAUGAAAAUACAACUGUUCAUAGUUAGUUCAUGCUUAUGCACAAUGCAUUAACUAAUGAUAAUGUAAACAACAUUUAUCUUUAAAAACCUAUUAGUAUAUGUAGAAAUGAACAUUAACCAAGAUUGUUAAUUGCUGUAAAAGUAUUGUUCAUUGUUACUUCAUGUUAACUAAUUUUGAUAACGAAUGUUAAAGAAUUCAUCCUUGUAAAGUGUUAAUCUAAACAAAACAUCUGCUGUUUAAAAAUGCAAAUUUAUAAAAUAAUUUAAAAACGCCACAAAAAUCUUCAAUUUUGCUAAAUGCCUGUGGGUCUUGAUGAUACUGAUCUUGGCUGCAGCUCUGAUAACACAAUAAGCUGAUUUCCCACAUCCAACCAGAGAAUGAAAUGUGUGAAAACACAAAACAGCAUGCAUACCCUCUUACAGAGAUCCAUGCACUAAAUGUAGUGAUGGCAGCAGAGUGGUUACAAAUCUGGGUUACAGGUAACCUAGCGGUUCUGGGUUUAAACCCUAGAAAGGGUGAGACAUGAACUAGAGCGUUGCAAGUAAUAACUGGUUACACUUUACAAUAAGGUUCCAUUUGUUAACAUUAGUUAAUGCAUUAGGUAUCAUGAACAAACAAUUAACAACACAAUUUGUACAGCAUUUAUUAAUGUUAGUUAAUUAAAAUUGUUCAUUGUUAGUUCAUGUUAGUUCACAGUGCAUUAACUAAUGUUAAUUAACACAACUUUUGAUUUAAAAAAUGUAUUAGUAUAUGUUUUAAUUAACAUUAACUAAUAUUAAUAAAUGCUGUAAAACUAUUGUUCAUCGUUAGUUCAUGUAGUUCAUGGAACCUUAUUGCAAAGUGUUACCGAAUAACUGGCAAGCACUGAGUAAUGUGUAACAUAUUUUUGAAUCCUCUUAAUUUAAACCUCUCAACCUGCUCCUCUAAGGCACCCCACAAAUAUUACUGAAAAAUAGUAUGCAUGUAUAAACACUGAUCACCAUGUGCAAUGUGUGUAAAGUAUUUAGGAUAUUUUGGGUUCAGGAGGGGUAGACAUUUGUUCUGAGCUUUAAUUAUACAUGUAGGAAGACCUGCAGAUUUUUCAAAACUGUAGUAACAGAGACACAAACAGUGGCCUUGAAUUUUUUUUAUUGGGUAUUGUUAAAAGCAUGUGGCAAUGUGUGCAGUCCACUGGAGCUAAAUCGGGGCUGACUGAGUAACUGGCUGGUAAACAAGGUAGUUUCUUCUAUUAUGGACAAUAAAGGAAAGUGAAAGUAUAAGAAAGACAAAGGAAAAACAUGAUAAAGGAAAUCCCCUCCAAAACUGUUGUAGCAUGUUUAGGGAGCAUCAAGCCAAGUUGUGACACCAUUGCACAAGUGGUAUGAAGUGUUUCGGAAAUAUCUGUUGACACACACACACACACACACACACACACACACACACACACACACACACUCAACAGUAUGCAAAUGUACAUGUUCACUCCACACAAAUGCUGAUCUGGCCAAAGCACAGAUCCAAGGACCUGGAUUUGUCUCAAAACAGCAGUGCUCCUUUAUGUUAUUGAUCUUUGGAUUAAAUGCAUGCAGGGUCAAAGAAGCAGUUUGACCCUUAGAUGGCGUUGUGUCAUAUCUUGAUAUUGCAUGCAGGAAUUAGUGAAACAACAGGAGUCCAGAUUAGCUUUAUUUGCAUGAGAAGUUGCUGUUAACAAAGGGGUGAGGUAGGGUGGGGUGGGACAGGGGACGAUAACAACAAUAAUAAUAAAAAAAAGUGUCACUUCCAUACUCAUGCCUUUUUCAUACCUCUGUGCUGUUAUUAAAACAUUAUGGAUCACUGAUUAUGUAAAAGGCUGAUGAAAGAGCCAUCACUUGAAUACAGUUGGUAAAAAUGUGAACCUGCAUGUAUUCCAUGAUGUUUCCAUAUUUGUAUAAAGCUGUAAUAUAUGUAUGUCAGUCUUGUCCUGUGUUUAAAUUAUAUUUUGCACUGA